AUGGAAAGAUUGGGAGAUGGAGCCCGGUACGAUCUUGGUCGGGAUUUUCUUGGAUCGGCCAGGUUAAACCUUCAGCACUACCUCUGGAAAGAGACUCUAGGUUACGACCUUCAUCCCAGCGCUAAGGUUGACGCCGCCUCCGAGCCUUUGCAUAUCGCGGACGUGGGGACAGGCACUGGAAUAUUUAUUUUGAGUCUUGCUCGCCGGUUGCCAAAGUCAUGCAGUUUCGUUGGAUUUGACAUCUCUGACGAUCAGUUUCCAAUCCACGAAUCCAUCCCAGAAAACGUAUCCUUUCGCGUCGCUGAUGCCAUGGGGGAGCCGCCAGUCGAACUCUUGGGGAAAUUUGAUAUAGUCCAUCUUCGCCUUUUCUUCUGUGUGGUGGACAAGAACGAUCCGCUCCCAGCAUUUAACUUUUGCUUGAAACUACUCAAGCCUGGGGGCUUUUUGCAGUGGGAUGAAUACGACCAAGCAGACACAAUCGCUUUCAAAGUGCUACCCGAGGCGCCAAUAAACGCCAUGACAGAAAUGAGGCAAGGAUUCAACAACGGGAGACAAUUGAGUGGAGAUGCAUGCACUAGUUGGAUUACAACCCUGAAAGAUUUCUGUGUUGACCAUGGACUACAAAACGUUGAAUGCUUCAGGACCCGCCCACCUCGAGACCUGCUGAAACCAUACACCCAGAUGGUCUUUAUUUUGUACUUGGAACACGCUGCCCUGCAUGACGUUGCUGGAAACCAGGAUAAGGGAGAUAGUCUAAGAAAACUGAUUGACCAAUGUGCCGAUGAGUUGAAGGAGGGCGGGACGUAA